GGCUCGAAAUUUUUAUAGCCUUCUCAAGCCCAGGGCCAUGAGAGCAAGAGAGUGAGGAGAACGCUUAAUCCCCACAUAACGAAUCAAGUUUGUAGUAAAGAUUUGAGUGCUUUUUGAGUCUGCGGAGUUGAUUCAUUUUGAAGAACAAAAAUAAGAAGAAGAAGAAGAAGAAGAAGAAAAUGGAACUACCAGUGAUAGAUCUAUCACAGUAUCUAGAAUUGUCAACUAAAUUAUUAAGUCCAAGUGAUGAGUCCAAUUCAUCAGUAGAACAAGAGUUGAAUCCCCAAACCAAAAAUUUAUGUAAUGAAGUAAGUAGAAUACUGAGAGAUACUGGUGCUCUUUUAAUCAAAGAUCCAAGAUGUUCUGUUGAAGACAAUGAUCGUUUCUUAGAUAUGAUGGAGAAGUAUUUCGAUAAACCAGACGAUUUUAAACGUCAUCAGGAACGCUCUCAUUUGCAUUACCAGGUAGGUGUGACUCCAGAAGGAGUUGAGGUACCUCGAAGUUUAGUUGAUAAGGACCUGCAACAGAAACUAAGCACAAUGCCCAAGGAGAAUCAACCAUCUACCCCAGUUGGACCUGAUCCAAAGUGGCGGUAUAUGUGGAGAGUGGGUCCUCGACCAUCAAAAACCUGCUUUCAGGAGUUAAAUGCUGAACCUGUCAUACCAGAAGGUUUUCCGGAAUGGAAGCAAACCAUGGAUUCGUGGGGUUACAAAAUGAUUAACGCGAUUGAGGUUGUAGCUGAAAUGGCGGCAAUUGGAUUCGGAUUGCCAAAGGAUGCCUUCACUUCCCUAAUGAAACAGGGGCCUCAUUUGCUUGCUCCAACAGGAAGUGAUCUUCAACGAUAUGGCAAGGAGGGCACCGUCUUUGCAGGCUAUCACUAUGACCUGAACUUUUUAACUAUCCAUGGCAGAAGCAGAUUUCCUGGACUUAACAUUUGGUUGAGAAGUGGGCAGAAAAUGGAAGUGAAGGUUCCCGUUGGCUGUCUCCUUAUCCAAACAGGAAAGCAGCUCGAGUGGUUGACAGGUGGGGAGUGUCAAGCAGGAAUGCAUGAGGUUGUUGUGACCAAUAGAACUCUAGAAGCUGUAGAAGCAGCGCGCCAACAAAACCGCAGUCUGUGGCGAGUGUCUUCAACAUUAUUCGCGCACAUAGCUUCGGAUGCGACGAUAGAACCCUUGGGUCACUUUGCAGAUUCCCCACUUGCUGAGAAAUAUCCACCGAUGUGUGCUGGAGAAUUUGUUGAACUGGAGCUUGCAGUAAUCAAUCUCAAGGGUAAAACUAACGACAGUGAUAGCUAAGAAUGAGAGGAAGACAGUAAAUUGAAGUUUUUUUAAAAAAAAAAAUUAUUGUGGGCGGGGUGGCCUAAAGUUCAAUUAUGAUAUAUAUACAAAUUAAUCUCACGGGAAAUCAUCAAUUGGUCCAUGAAAUAGAGCGCCAUUGUACUGAACGAAUAACAGAGCCUAAUCAAAAUACUCUACCAAUGCCAUUCCGGAAGUAUGGCCUUGGAAUUGCUGGUUUAAUUCCUGGAUGCUGUGUCUUUGUACUUCUGUUUUAAGUUCUUUUCAUGUAGGCUGUUAGUAUACUUCUGUUUUAAGUUC